GCUCCGCCCCCCAGUCGGGUGUUUGUGGUGGGGCUGCGGAGACGGGCCGGAUCCCGCCGGAAGAGCCGAGACAAUGGGGACCCGGGACGACGAGUAUGACUACCUGUUCAAAGUUGUGCUGAUUGGUGACUCUGGGGUAGGGAAGAGCAACCUCCUUUCACGAUUCACUCGAAAUGAAUUCAAUUUGGAGAGUAAGAGUACCAUCGGUGUGGAAUUUGCUACCAGGAGCAUCCAGGUGGAUGGGAAGACUAUAAAAGCCCAGAUCUGGGACACAGCUGGUCAGGAGCGGUACCGGGCAAUCACAUCAGCAUACUACCGAGGGGCUGUAGGAGCCUUGUUGGUCUAUGACAUUGCCAAGCACCUGACAUAUGAGAAUGUGGAACGCUGGCUGAAAGAACUCCGUGACCAUGCUGACAACAACAUCGUCAUCAUGCUGGUGGGGAACAAGAGUGACCUGCGCCAUCUCCGUGCUGUGCCCACUGAUGAGGCCCGGGCAUUCGCAGAGAAAAACAAUUUGUCUUUUAUUGAAACGUCAGCCUUGGAUUCAACCAAUGUGGAAGAAGCCUUUAAAAACAUUCUCACAGAGAUUUACCGCAUCGUAUCCCAGAAGCAGAUUGCUGAUCGCUCUGCACAUGAUGAAUCUCCUGGCAACAAUGUGGUAGACAUCAGCGUCCCCCCCACCACCGAUGGACAGAAAUCCAACAAACUCCAGUGCUGCCAGAAUCUGUGACCACCUGCGCCCAGAAGCGCCCUCCCUGCCUGCCCUUACCUCGCUGUGCUUCAGUUAGAAACGUGUGUGCACGUCUUUGCAGUUAUCUCCUGUGAUUCAGUGACUCUUUGUCAUCCUCGUUUCUUCCCCCAUUCCCACCGUCCAUUUUUGAGCAUUAACUGUAGGCCUAACCCCCCUUUCAGGCUUCCAGGGGAGUGGGCUGACUUUGGGCCUGGUCAUGCAGGCUCUGCUCCCAGAGGGUGAGCCUUGGCUGCUCCCCUGGGCAGGGCCAUUUGGUUGUCUAGUGAUUGUUGGGAGGAGAAGGAGGAACCAAGACCUCAUGUAUCACGGCUAAAGACAUACCUACACUGAUUUGCUUUUGCAUUUAGCCCAACUUUUUCAUAAAUCCUUAGAUCUCUGGGGAACAUGGGGAGCAGGGAAGGGAGAAAGGAAGUGUGCUGAAAUUAAAGAGGGAAAAAAUCUUUUCCUCAGAUGUCCUGUUGUGUCCAGUUGGGAUCCUGUGAUAAACAUUGGGGUUCUCAUUUGGUGGCUGAAGACCCAUGGUGAGGUGGCCGUUGACAUGCUUCCCAGAGUUUCCACCUCACUUAGGGUUAGCCUUUGGGUCUAGUGAUUGUUGGGAACCUCUUGGCUCAAGGAGGAGGUCCAGGAGCCCAAGGGUAGGCUGAAAUGAUGGAAUGGUUUGUCAGCUACCAGAGAUAAUCCUAUUCCUCAACCUGAGCAUCUAGCAAGUGCCGGCCCUUCCUUUGUGGCCUGUCCCUCCUGUCCGAGAAUCCUGACCAGCUUCAGCCUGUGCAGACCCUUGUUAACCUCCUUUUUGCCCACAGCUCCCUCUCCAACUCGCCAUCUUGCCUGAAACCCAUUUGCAAGGGAAGCAAUAUUCUCAUGUUUUGUAUAUAACUGCACUUAGAGUUUUUGGGUUUUGUUAUUGUAGAAAAACAUAGAUUCUUUAUACAUUUUGUAAAAUUUAUGCCAAAUCAUAGCAUCUCGACCCUUUUCCCUCACCCUUUUAUUCUUUAACAAUUGACUCUCGGGCUAUAAUUUUACUUGACCUUUACUAAAAUGUAUAAUUCUAUUUCCUGUAUGCAACUGUGUUCCUUCGCCCCCUUGUCUCAUUUUCUCAGUGCCAGGAUGCUAUUUGCAACAGUUAUACUUUUCUGAUGCCCACUAGCCUCAGCAAGCAAUCUUGACCACUAUUCAUCUCUGUCUGGUACAACAAGAGAAACCUGAUUACACUCCCACUUUCUAGCAGGUCAGAUCAGUUAGUGAUGGUACAGCCAGGCUGUGAGCUUGCUCUCUGAGCCCAUUGGCUAUAGGCUCUUCCUGGGGUUUGGUGCCCUAUCCAAGCCCCUUUGCUAAUUAGGAUCUUGGUUGGCUUGUGCUAGUGGUGCAACUUAAACCUCCUGAAUGGGUGACCAGGGAUAAAUAGAGCUAACAUUUCAGGUGUUGUUUGAAAUAAGUUUGUAAUAAGUUGGAGGGUUUUUUCCUCCAAUUAUGCACGUAAAAGACAAAGACAUCUUCCCAAGGUUGGUUGAUAACCUGUUGGAGUUAUCCUAGGAUCCUUGCCAAAUGAGAACUAGCUGUUCUGGAAUAUUUAGCUUUCAAGGAGUGUGUCCUAUGGACUCAGGAAGGGUAUCCAGGGCCCUGACCUUGUUCCUCUCCUUCAGGGAAGAAUUUCGUUGUUGAGUCUCCCAGGCUUGAAUUUCAGCCAGCUGUCAGCUUUGGAGAACCAGUUGCUUCAUGACUGGAGAGAGGAAGUCUCUUCCUCUCAUGAAGUGCAAGGUAUCAGAGGUCACCAGUGUUUCUGCUCUUUCGAAGUGGCUGGAAUAGAAUGGAUGAGAGUCCAUUGGGUUUGGGAAUUUGUCCUACAGUGCAUCUGUGCUUUCACUGGCCUUAAUUGUGAGACAGAGCCUUAGUCUCUGUUCACUGGCUAAGUUGUAUUGGCUUAAAAGUAGGCGCUACAUUUGCUCCUUAAUGUAGUUUCUUUUCCUUGCCAUCCCUGGGCUACUUUUAAAGUACUGGGUCUUGUAAAUUUACAAGGAGUUUGCUCUUCAUGGAGGAAAGCAAAUGAUCUCUGAUCAGGGGAGAUGAGGGAAAGAGCUGCUCAAGAAUCGUUCAUGUUGUUGGAGUUGCAUACUGCCCCUCCUUUGAGAAGGAGUCAGGCUCUGAGAUGCUGUUUCUUUUCAUUGAAGUACCCUGCUCCAAGCCUGCUGUGAAGUUCAAGUUGGGGCAGUAUAUUCCAUACCCCUUGUUCAAAGUUCCUUGACUUGCUUCUCAACUUUAUAGCAGGCAAUUAUUCCAGCUCUCAACAAUUUAAUUCCAGCUCUCAACAAUUUUUCUGUCUGGCCCAAGGCUUGAGCUGAGACUGGAGCUUGUUAGUAUGGGUUGGUAGAAAUUUUAACUUGAUGACAUUCCAGGACCCCCCAAGGCUCUAGGAAUCAACUUCUGCUGGCCCUGGGUAGAAGCAACUGUUGAAACUGGGGCUUAGUUUCAACCUGCCUUUCUGUAAUUUCUAAGAAGAUGAUAGAGAUGGGCUUGUAACUAUGGCAGGGAUAGAGUUUCUGGGAGGAACACAGGCAAAUAAGUUAUUCAGGAUUCAGGACUCAAGAUACCAUCAGGUUUCUGACAGGUUAUCUCUUUCAAACCAGGGCCAGAGUCACUGAAAGGGAAGACAGACUCUGGAAAACCCUUCUUAGUUAUGACUUCUCUGACUAAAUUACUCAAGUUUCACCAGCUUAGAGGCCUUCAUACUAAAGCCACUUUCCAGGGCAGUGUGAAAUGACAUAGUUACCCUGUCCUGGGCAGCUGUCUUUCAGGGCCCUGCUGCUGCUAUCUGGUUUCUUGCCUAGGGAUGAAGAUUAAGGCCUUUUAUUUUUUUGGCCUCUUCUUUCAUUAUCCCUUUGGAUGAUCCAGUUUAGGAGUAGGGUCUCAGUUAGCCUUGGCCAUGAGACAAGCAGGCCUAGGUCCACCUGGUGCCUUUUGCUUAAGGGUUGGGGUUGGCCUUUCCCCACCUCUUCCUUGGCAUUAUUGAUCCCCAAUUCCACUUUGGUAGCAUACUUCAGUCUGCUACCUGCUGACUUUCUUUGGCAGCUAACUUGCAAAUGGGUGUUGGGAAAGUUAUUGCCUGGGAGAAGAGACUUCUGACACAUGUGGCAUAAGGCAGAAAAUGUGAGUCAUGUGGCUUGAGAAAUACCCCUGAGUUAUGAGAGAUUUAGUAUCCUAGCUCAUAGACUGUCCUGGAAGAUGCUUUUCUUUGGAGUGACAGCAUGGCAAGUCAGAGACCCUGAGCCAGUUAACAACAGCUAAGAGGAAGUAUACCUGGUGGUGGGGGGAGACUGACCAGAACCUCUCACUCCCUCCCCCUAAGACCAUCCUCUAGAAGUACAGGUGGGGUCUAAGUUAGCUAGAGGGAGUUUUCCUGACACAGGCCAAAUUUCUGGAUGUGGUUAGGUUGGUCAACAGUGGACAUUGCUGAGUAAUUGCUCUGCCACAAAUGGGCUUAGUCUGCAUGAGAAAGCCAGGGCUAGUGCAGACCUUUCUGUUCAUAUAUCUGUUUCUUCUGCUCCACAGCACUUGUAUUCAGUUCAGUGCAAACUUCUUUGUAAAUAGAGCCCCGCAUCCCUGGAUUUGUGCAUGGUUAUUCUGUGUUGUGGAUAUAAAGAUUGCCAUACCAAA